GAGAUAGAUGAUUUGCAAAUACCACCCAACCCCUCAAAAAAUUUAAAAAUAAAAGAAACCACCCCCCCAAAAAAAAAAUUAUUUAAAAAUAAAACAACCAACAACAAACAAACAACCUAUGAUUAUAAUUUGCAUUAAGUUCAGUAACCUUCACUUGGUUCCACAGGCGGUCUACCAGAAGGCGGAGAUCCACUACAGACAGGGGCAUUACGAGAUGGCCUUGAUGACCUUCAACAGGGGUCACAAACUUAACCCCAGCGCCCCGGGGUUCUCGGAAGGCGUGCAGAAGGCACAGCACGCUUUGGACAUAAUGACCGCAGGUAGAUCCAUGAAAACAACAGUCGUGGGAGACUUGUCCCUAUUUCUUCCUAAAAAGAACGCAAACGUCCAAGGGACAAAGAGAAACCUUCCCCAGCUGACUAGCAGAAGUGAUGACCUCCGAGUUCCUAGCCCAGGCUUCCGGAAAAGACAUGGGACGCUGCUGUUGCAGGUCCAGAAGCGACCCCACCCAGUCAUGGGCCAGCCCGACUACGGUAACAGUGACCGGAUGCAUGGUGUGAGCUUGGUAGAUGACAAGGCAAUGAAAGAGAUUCUCGGGCAGCUGUACGACGACAAAGAGUACUUCGAACGGAUCCUCAGGAAAGCCGGUCUGUAUCGAAUUUUUCCGAUGUUAUUUAAACGCCUAUAAAAGUCCUGCAGCGAGCAC